AUGAGACAGAAUGACACCGGAACUGUGCUCACGGCACCGACAGCACCAAGGACGCAAACAAUAUUGCCGGUUGGAGGACUGGUGUCGAUACUGGGCUGGGAACAAUGGGAAUCCAGUUUGCGGGAGUUCGUGGACAAGGGGAAGUUUGAGGAUGGGUUUCGGGCAUUGGUGUCUAUGCCAUGGUUGAAGAAUGUUCCGCGAGAAGACCUGGUCAAGGUGGUUAUGGACAUGCCAAGAAGCGACGAGGAGGCGUGGGGCCUGAUGAAGCAAUGGGGAUGUAAUCGUCGUUUCCGAAAGCUGUUGGUCCACAAGGACUGGGUGGUCAAGUUGUAUAGCGGGCCCAAGGGACAGAUCGACAAGAUCUUUAGGUCGAUGGACUCCAACAACACCGUGGUGGUGGAUGUGGAUCUCGCAAGAGGACUUCAGAUGGACAUGUUGAAAUAUGAGGACGGCAUCUUCAG